AUGCCCGGACCGCCAGACCUGCUCUUCCUCACGCACCUCCCGCUUCACGCGCUCGAGGUGGACGGGGAGCUGCCUCUGCUCUCGUACUCGCUGCUCUCUUUCUGGGCUAUUGUGCAGAGCUUCGGGACGGCGGCCGCCAACCCGGCGAUGCUCGCGCUCCAGAUCCCUCGCCUGCUCAAGGGCUCCUCGCUCCCCGUCCUCUUUCAGUCCACCGCCUCGGACCCGUACACAAGGCUCGAGGACUUCACGGACAUGCUCCGCAUGCAGUCCGGUGGUGCAGAUGAGAGGCGGCGCAUCGAGGAGAGGCGGAUCAAGCUCGCCACCUCUCUGGGCGCGCUCUACCAGCUGGUCAUCCAGCCGUCGCCUUCGGCCCAGACUGCGACCACUCUGGUGAGCCGCCUGGCCGCCAAGAUUCUGACUGCGCCCCAGCUCAAACUGUCGCUCGCGGACCAACUUGCCAUCCUCUCGGCAGUCGUCCAUGAUCGGCGGCAUCUUGUCCAAGCCGGAGCUUCCGCGGAAGACGCGGUCACCGCUCUGAUGGCGGAGAACCUCCUCUACGACGGGGGGCGAGUCCCGGGCGGACCUGCCCCGGGUGCUGACGGCGGGCCUGAUGUGUCUGCCCACGCUCUCCCGAGCCGCCUCAUCGAGAAGGCUUCGAUGCUGCCCCA